CGCACACACACACACACACACUCACACACACACUCCAGUACCAUGCUCUGUUCUGACUUCAGAGAUGGAGAAGUGUGCAGGAGUUCCAUCUGAAUGGAGAGCAUUUCUCUGUGGGUUCUCCAGGUGUGUAAACGGCUGUUUGAGAACCCAAUAAUGCUGUGAUGAAGAGCUGCUGUCUUGCUGAUUCUUCUUUUUCUUCUGCGGUGGUCUGGAACAUCGACGAUGAUCUCCGACUCGCUCUCAGAUCCAUGAUCUAAACAUUUCACCAGCGUCUCCUUUUCAUCAGAAGUCCAAGAAUUCAGUUCUACAAUCGUAGCUGAGCUUCUUUUAUGACCAACAUGAGCUGGAGUUUCCUCACCCGUCUCCUGGAUGAGAUCCACAACCACUCCACAUUCGUGGGGAAAGUGUGGCUGACGAUCCUCAUCGUGUUCCGCAUUGUGCUGACGGCGGUGGGCGGAGAGUCCAUCUACUCUGACGAGCAGUCCAAGUUCACUUGCAACACCAAGCAGCCAGGCUGCGACAACGUCUGCUACGACUCAUUUGCUCCACUUUCGCACAUCCGCUUCUGGGUAUUCCAGAUCAUCAUGAUUUCCACACCGUCUGUCAUGUACCUCGGAUACGCCAUCCACAAAAUCGCCCGUUUCUCUGACAAUGACCAUGAGCAGAAGAAGAAACAGCACCGGAAGAAUGUCAGGAGCAGAUGGAUGGAUGUGGAUCAGAUGGAGGAGGAUGACGACAAUGGUGACUUUGAUGACAUGGAACCGAUGAUGUACAGAGAGGAGCUGGAGCUUCAGGAAACCAAAACAGGGAUGGAGAACAACACAAGAAUAGAUAAAACUAAGCACGAUGGCCGUCGCAGGAUCAUUCAAGAAGGUCUGAUGAAGAUUUACAUCCUCCAGCUCUUAUCACGUGCCAUUUUCGAGGUCUUCUUUCUGGUGGGUCAGUACCUGUUGUAUGGAUUCCGUGUCAGUGCCACAUAUGUGUGUGAUGAAAUUCCCUGUCCUCAUCGAGUCGACUGCUUUGUGUCUCGUCCCACGGAGAAAACCAUCUUCCUGCUGAUCAUGUAUGUAGUCAGCUGCCUCUGUUUGCUGCUCAACCUCUGCGAGAUGUUCCAUCUUGGAAUUGGCGCUUUCCGGGACAUGCUCAGAAGACGACGGAUCCGUGACCAGGGUCUUCACUCCUGUGCUUUUCCAUAUGCACGUAAUAUUCCAGCCUCACCUCCGGGAUACAACUUUGUUGUUAAAUCCGAGAAAACGGGCAACCAGAACCAAAAUGGUGUCCUCUCUCAUCAACAGAAUCAGAACAGCACCCUUCCUCAGCAACCGAACCACAGCAGCGUUGCCUCAAACAACCAGAACCAGGACCAGGAUCAGAACUGUGCCAGUCUGGAUAAAUACGUACCACCUGACCUGGCAAGUUUACACCAUCAUCUGCGUGUGGCACAGGAGCAGCUGGACAUGGCCUUUAGGACCUACAGCACCAAAAGCUCUCCCAUGUCCAGAACCAGCAGUCCAGCAUCAGAGCAGAACCGUGUCAACUUAGAACAGGAGAGACAGGGAGCAAGGCCCAAAGCUGAUCUGGGAAGAAGUGGGACUAUAGUGAGGAAUGGGAAAACUUCUGUGUGGAUUUAGAUUCCAAUUCUGACCAUAAACUCAUAAUAAGCAUUAUUAUUAUUAUUAUUAUUAUUAUUAUUACUAUUAUUAUUAUUAUUAUUAUUAUUAUUAUUUGACUGAAAUGCUCCGUACAGGAGCUAAGACAAAAAAUGAGCAAAAAAGUAAAUCAUAAUAAAAAACACAGUGUCGUAUCACAUGCUGUAAACAAGAUUACAAAAUAAUCACAUUUUAAACAUUGGAAAUAAAAUGUACACAAUACAUCAAGGGAGGUUUAUUAAUAACUAAACCGCCAACAAAUCAGCUCCAGAAUCACUGAACAUACUUCAGUGUUUAAGAAUUAAACAUCAGAUCAUUCUUUAAGAGUGAUCAGAUUUUGUGUGAUUGGCUGAUUUAGAAACAAGCCCAGCCCACUGACACACUCACUUUUGGUUUAUAUGGUUUAUUACAUGUCGAUGCACAAAUCAGUGUAGUGGAGAUUUUAAUUAAAUAAAAUAAUAAAUAAAGGGAUAUACAUGUGAUUCCUAACAUUAUAAAUUAUAUUUUACAUAUCUAGAAUAUCUUACAUUGCUGAAACUGAAAUGUGUGUGUAAAUAAUAAUAAUAAUAAUAAUAAUAAUAAUAAUAAUAGUCGUAUUUUCUAAAUGUCAAUGUUGUCCUGUGGACUAAUAAUAGUUUAUGUUGUUCUGACUGUCAUUUUUGCAUGUUUAACCUUCAUCACUUUACAUAUUCAGGAUCUGUAGAAUGAACAUAGAGUGUAUGUUAUACUGUAUAUACGAGCGAGUUAAACCACAUAAUGCUGAUCUAAAUCUAAACCAACGAUAUUGUAAAAUGUUGGUAUUGUGAUGUAUCGUAAAAAUGAUUAUCAGUACAUGACUAUUGUAUAGGUUUGUUUUCAUGAUGUUCAGUUUAACUCUCUGGAAGAGACGCAGAUAAAUUAACUAGCUGUGUUGUGUGUGUAAAUAUCUUGGAUUUAUUUAUUUUUUUAGUUGAAACUUGCACUAAGUUAAUGAAUAAAAACAGUGUUCAUCUAACAGUGUAAAUAAAUCUUUAGAGGUUGUGAUGUUAAGCGCAUACUUUACUCAGAAGCUUAUUUGUUUUUUUGCAAUUAUGACCAUAAUUGUAACAGGAACACAAUGCUUUAGUUAUGUUGGUCUGCUAAUAAUGUGAGCUAGCAAAGUUAGCAAACUUGCAUCACAAACCUAAUUUAGCAUCAGCAGUUUCACCACUUUAUGCUAAUCAGCUAGCAUUGUUAGCCAGCAGUAUUGAGUGUUUAUACAGCUCUUUUAUUUAUUUUAAAUAAAAUGUCAUUUUAUUUAACAUAUGUUUUGGAAAUCUUAUUUAAUAGCUAGCAAACAUGAGGUACAUACAGUAGCUUUAGCUGUUUAUUGUUUACUUGAUUUAGAAGGAAAACAAACGUUUUAAAGAAAGAUUUUUUCCUAUUCUGUGCAAAUAGUUCAUUAAAAUAGCAUCUAUGCAAUGUGUUCUACUGACAUGAGUGAAAAUCAUUAAAUGAAUUAAUGACUUUGAGGUGAUGCAAAAUGCACAUUCUUUAACUAAUUGUAAAAGAACAUGAAUCUUAUCCUGAGAUGU